ACAGACACACACACACAGACACACAGACACACACACCGAGACACACACACAGACACAUACACACACACAGACACACAGACACACACACCGAGACACACACACAGACAGACACGGCCACGCCAUGUCCAGCUUCUCGUCCCGCCAGAGGCUGAGACAAGGACGCGGUGUCCCCGAGUUGAGACCCGAGUUCAUGUCGCUGCUAGUGCAGGCAACGGCUCGGACCAACAACAACAACAACCACCACCAGCACCACCACCAGCACCACCACCUGAACCACCUCCAGCAGCUGAACCAGCAGCAGCAGAAAGCGCCCGCACCGCGUGGGACAGAGAACCUGGCAGCUAGGAGAGAGUCCAUGAACCUGCCCGAGUCGGACUGCAUGAGGCUCAACCCCUCCCUCCGUGGUAUCGCCUUCAGGUCACUGGUGGCGGUGGACCUGAGCGCGUCCCGCGGCCUGGUCGCGUGGUGUGGCUCCAGACAAAUGCUUCGGGUGCUGGGGUUGACGGGACACGGAGCGGCCUGGAUCGGGGGGACCGCCUACUGCCUCUGGCAGAGCGACUCAGCGGCCGGGAGGGAGGUCUUGCUCAAUCUACUGCUGGCCCUGAUCUUCGACAUCGUCGUCGCCGUCACCAUCAAGGGCCUGGUGCGGCGCAAGGGCCCCUCGUACUGCGACCCGGCCGCCCCUCGCCACCCUCCGCAGCGCGGCGCGCCAUCCUCGCCCCUCUCCUCCUCCCCCUUCUCGAGCGCCGUCUCCCUCGCCUCCUCCGCCCCGCCGGCCCCCUACUCCUCCUCGUCCAUCUUCCCGGCGCUCUGCGGCGGCGGCAGGAACGCCGCCGCCGCCGCCGCCGCCGCCGCCCCGUCGGCGCCGUACCGCCUGCUCCCGCCGCUGCUCCGCCGGGCCCUGGAGGCGUCGGCCUUCUCGUUCCCCGCCAACCAGGCGACACGAGCCGCCCUCCUGGCGCUCUUCCUGCCUCGCCAUCUGGUGCUGGGCUUCCCGCUGCGCGUCCUGCUGCUGCUGUGGGCGCUGCUCGUGGGGCUGCUGCGCGUCGCGCUGGGCCACCACUACGUCACCGACGUGUUCUGCGGCUUCGCCGUCGGCUGCGCGGAGGCGCGCGUCGUCGAGGCCCUCUGGGUGUCGGCCGCCUCCUUCCAGGCGCUCGCCAGGGCCGUGGGCCUGCCGGUGUGAGUGGUGG